AUGCUGGUGGUGUUGAAUCGGAUAAUAAUUACAUAUGUCCUUCGUUCUUUCACGUUGUCUCCUACGGUAGGCCAACAGAGACGCCCUUCACUCACUCUCUCACAAUUCUUCUGUCAUUAUUUCGCUCAAUGUCGGCCUGAAUCAAGCCAACGUCAGCUUGACCCAGAUGUCUACUCUUCGCCAUCGGUUAACGUCCGUAUCGAUGUGCUUUUUUUUAUCUUCUCUGUCCGCCUUCCCUUUCCAUCCAUCAAUUGGAGAAGUAGAAAACAAGAAGACCAAGUCCGUUCAAUAUCUAUUUAUCUAUCUAUCUAUCAUCGUCUCUUUCUUUCUAUCAUCGUUUCCUUCUUUCUUUCUUUCUUUCUUUCUUUCUUUCUUUCCUUCCUUCCUUUCUUCUAUCUAUCUAUCUAUCUAUCUAUCUAUCUAUCUAUCUAUCAUAAUCCGUUCAUAUCUAUCUAUAUUUUUUAUCUAUCUAUCUAUCUAUCAAUCUAUCUGAAACCGCUAAUAUUUAUCUAUUUAUCUAUCUAUUUAUCUAUUAUAAUCCGUUCAUAUCUAUCUAUCUAUCAUAAUCCGUUCACUUCUAUCUAUCUAUCUAUCUAUCUAUCUAUCUAUUUCAAACCGCUAAUAUCUAUCUAUCUAUCUAUCUGA